UUAAAACGAAGGCGGAAUUAUGUAGAGUGAAAACAACUUGGCUUGGUUGAAUAUUUCAGCAAAGCUUUCAGGAUUUUACUCAAGAGAGUAUUUUACAGAGCAACGUUGUGCACGAGCAAGUAAUGGAGAACUCGAAGAGAAAGGCCACUGGAGGCACUCUAGAGGCUCUAGAAGGCCUACCAGAGUCACAAAGACCUCGUCUAGAGCGCAGAAAGCAUCCGAACACCGAAGAGCCGAUGGAAUUUAGCAUCUUUAACGACCCAAUACAUGGCUCGAUUAAACUACACCCAGUCCUUGUGUCCAUCAUCGACACACCGCAAUUUCAGAGGCUUCGAGAUAUUAAACAGUUAGGUGCUUCAUAUUGGGUUUACCCUGGAGCCUGUCACAACCGAUUUGAGCAUAGCAUUGGCACUUCCUACUUAUGCGGCCUUAUGCUCAAGACUUUAAAGGAACAGCACCCUCAUUUGAUAACUGACAUGGAUGUUUUAUGUGUGAAGAUAGCUGGACUAUGCCACGAUUUAGGCCAUGGCCCAUUUUCUCAUGUAUUUGACACGCAAUACAAGCAACGUGUUUGCCCAAGCAGCCAGUGGUGUCAUGAAAGAGGGUCCAUUGACAUGUUUGACUACCUUGUACAAGAGCACGUUUCUGUACAGAAUAUUUUUGAAAAAUAUGGUAUAGGAAAAGAAGAAAUGGCUCUGGUCAAGGAUCUUAUUCUUGGCAAGGACCCAAAAAAGGAUAAUAUUUUGCAGAAAUGCUGGUCUGAUGCACUGAACAAAGAAAUUGAGAAAUGGUUUCUCUAUGAAAUAGUCUCAAACAAAAGAAACGGAAUUGACUGUGACAAAUUUGAUUAUCUCAUGAGAGACUGCCAUUAUGUAGGCAUGAAGAGCAACUUUGACUGUCUUCGUUACUUUCAAAACACUACAAUCCUCCCUGUGGAUGGACAACUACAAAUCUGUGCUCGAGACAAAGAGAGAUUCAAUCUGUAUGAGUUGUUCCACAUGAGAUGGUCCCUCCAUCACAGGGUUUAUCAGCACAAGACAACUAAAAUAGUUGAGUGCAUGUUGGUAGAGGCAUUGUCCCUGGUGGAUGACAAAUUUGAGAUCUUUGAAAGCAUUGGAAACAUGGCCUCAUAUACAAGCCUUACUGAUUCAAUCAUCUAUGAAAUUCUAAGAAGUAAAGAUGAUGAUGUCAGAAUCAAAACAGCACAGAGGUUGAUCAAGCAGUUGCAAAAAAGGCAACUUUACAAGUUUUGUGGGCAGGUUAAUGCACUUGUGGGAUCUCAGGAUGAUGACAUCAUGACAUCAUCUCAACAGAUUUUAGAUAAGGGAGAAGAUGGCAUCAGUCAAGAAAUUGCGGCUAAGGAUGAGUCAUUAAGCUCUGAAGAUGUUGUCAUAAACAUUGUAAAUAUUACAUUUGGAAUGAAAAAUGAUGACCCAAUAGAUUCCGUUAUUUUCUUCACAAAGUCUCUUGCCCCAGUGAAGCUAAGGAAAGAGCAUAUUUCAGAAAUUCUACCACAGACAUUUAGAGAAAAGUACAUCAGAGCAUAUAGCCGAGAUCCCAACAAAAGAAAGCUGGUUGAAAAAUGCUUUAACGAAUGGUGCAAAGACAAUGGCUUUGACAUACCAAGUGCUCUGGAUGGUGACAAGAGUGGUUAUUUCACUGAUGCCCACAAAAGCUCUGAAAUGAAGCAAGAGAUGAGGCAAAACAGAAGCAUCAGUUUGCAAGGAAAUUUGAAAGUUCGAAGAAGUAUCUUGAACAAAUAGUUGAAAAAAUUUUUUUCCAAAACAUAACUGAAUUAUUAAUGAUAAUAUAUAACAACCAUAAUAGAAUAACUCAUACAUAUCUAUAAUUCAUCCAUUUCAAAUUAAAGAUAUCAUUAGACUCUUCAACAAUAAACCUGAAAUAUUUUUCCCAUAUAUAUAUAAUAUAAUAUCCCAUAAAUUCCCACAUCUAAUAUCCCAAAAUUUAUGCCAAUUAUUUCUCUAAAGUUAUUGCCCAAAAAUUUAUCAAGGUUUGUUUAAAAGAAUUCAAUGACACUUUAACUCAGCUAGGCAUUGAUAUUACUGAGUUUUGGGUUCUUUCUACUUAACACAUCUCUUCUUUCCCACAACAAUCUAUUUUGGAGUAUAUAUGAAGGUUUUAAUGCAGUUAGGUAGGGUGUGAUUUACUGAACUUGUAAUUAUGCUAUUAUUAACACAUUUUUAUUAACAGUUCUGGAAAAAGAUAUUUAACUCAAUGUAGAAUUGUCCUUGUUCUACAAUGCUAACUUAUAGAAUUUAAAAUAUUCAAGAAUUAUUGGUAUGUAGUUUAACAACCUAUUGUUAUGUUAUUUUAUUGACACAUUGCAAUAUCAAUUUGCAGUUAUUUUAUUUUCAUUGGGAGAGAAUGUUUUGAUGACAACAAAUAUUUGUUUUAGUUAUUUCUUUGCACUUUCUUUUUUUCUACAUAUACUUAUUUUGGUUGUAUGAAAACUUAAAUCUAAAUAAGAAGAUAAUAACAAAACUGCAUUUAGGCAAUUAAAAAAUAGAGGAGAAAAUUGAAAAAUCUAUAAUAUAGAAUUUUGAAUUUACCUUACACAAAUAAAGGUCAAAUAUGUAAAUUAGUUAAAAACGUAGCAAAAUUUUUAAGUUCAUUUUUCUUUUGAAGACUUGGUGUCUGUUUAGCCUGAAAGCGUACAAUUUCUUUAACAAAUUUGUUUUACCUGUUAAAAUAAAGAUUAACAAAGUAAGUUAGAAAGUAACUUCAGAAACGUUAAAUUGAAGUAUCAGCGUUAGCUUGAACUUUAAUACGAUAUCUCUGAAGGAACUAUCUAGGAGGAUAUAUGCCAAAGUCCUUGUUAUACUUUGCUGUAAACAAUAUAUGUAAUUCAAGUAGGUGUGAUCUUUAUGCUAAAUUUUUGGUGAAGUCGAGAUUCACUUGAAAUAUCGCAGUGCUAGAAAAUGUUUUAGCUGAAGUCUGUUGUUCGAGAAUUGCUCGUCUGAAAGUUGUUUCACUAAACGUUUUGAUUGACUACAAUUGAAAUAAUAACUAAUGCUAAUUACCAACCUGUUCAAAUUGUAGCGCAUCCCCUGUUACUUACUAUCUGUUUCGCAUCUGUGUGCUCCUAAACCUCCAAGAAUUGUUUUCAAACCAUGUUCGAUCUUGUUCAUUGCUUUCUUGCUAUGAAGAAUUGAGAUACUUCUCAUAUUGAUUUACGUAGCAAUAACAGAGAGCCUGCCUUUCAACUCCUAAGUUUGCGUAGGGUAUUUUUAACAAUAUGCCUAUCAGGAAACAGCGAAGAGACUGAAGUUUAACAUUAUCUAGAUACGAAGAAAAUUAAAAUGGGAUCAAUCAAGACCAAAGAAUGUGAUAAUACUUACCAUCUUG